CUCUGUCUUGUCUUAGCUCGUCUCUCUCUCUCUGCCUACCCGAGAAACAGAGAAGUAAGAAACUCUGAGAAUCAAUACUUUUCUCGAGGAAAAAAAAUUAGUUCUUUUUUAAAUUGAAAGAAGGUUACAAGUUGAAUUAGUAGAAGCGAAGAUUAAUUACAAACUGAGAAUUCGAUCGAGUUUGGCUUGGUAGUAAUGGCGGGAAUAGCUAUAGUUUUAGAUCUACUGAAGAAAUCUAAAUCCAAUCAACACAGUUUCCACUCAUCUUCGAUUUGUUCCGCCUCCGCCGCCGCAGUUUCUGCUGCCGCCACUGCUCCUUUCGCUUCUAGGUUUCUCUUCGGUUCUUUUGAGCCUCGAGUUGCAUAUUGUGAUGCGGCUGCUGGAAUAGAUGAUGACUACCUUGGUGCUAUACGUAAAAUAUCUGCUGAUGUUUUGCAGCGUGAACCGCGUGCAUAUUUUUCUACUUCCAAGGAAUACAAUAUCCAGCCAAAACCAGUUUUCUCGGCCUUUGAGUUCAGGGCACUUGCAAUGACGACAGUGAGAUCGCUCCUGAUGUUUUAUUUGCCUCUUUUGGAGCCUAAAACGGCUUCAGAGGAUGAUGGUGAAUUCCUAAACAAUGCUGAAGAAGAAAGCCGCCGCCCGGACUUGAUUGUUCCUCUUAAAAAGUCAGCAAAGCAAAUUGCCCGUGAGACCACAGUUGUGACCACUAGAAGACUCCUUGAAAGGCUGGCUAUGAGUUAUGUCUCACAGCGUAUGGCAUGGAAACUUCUAAAGGAUGUCCCUCAGUCGACUUUACGCAAGGCUCAGAGAGGAUUGCCCACACAUGUAUACAUCUUUAAAGUCAGCCAAACAACUCUUAGAGGACACUUCCUUGGAGUUGCAGCAUCAUGGGCAGUUCAAGUAGGCAUUGAAAUCUACAGAUGUGUGUUCCCGAAUGUUAAACCCGUGGGAGAAGAAGAGAAACAAGUCGUGAUAACAGAGCAAGCCAAGGAUCUCGGAAACAAAGUUGUGGGUAUCACAGUAAGAUGUGGGGCGUCCUUACUGUUUGCUGCCAUAGGAGCCGGUAUAUGCUCAUGCCUUAUCCGUCCCUCCACGGGACAAUGGAUCGGGUGCGCGCUGGGGGACUUGGCUGGUCCGAUUGUUGUUUCGGUUUGCCUGCAGAAGACUCUUCAAGCUAAUAAUUAAGUCCUUGUGUGGAAAUUGAUGAUCCAAAUGAAAUCAUAGAGCUUGUUUUUUUUUCCGAACUUUUCUUACACUGAAACCUUUAAAAACAUUGAUUAAUGCACCCCAAGUGAUUCUCAGAAUAUACCUACUUUUUGACAACAGCACAAUAAAGUCAGGUUAUUUAUUUUCACUGGAUUUAGUUUUAGUA